AAUCCCAACCACCCAAGACACCCAUCGGCGGCGAAUCCCGAACUCGCAUUUCCCUCGGGAAUUCACAAGCUUCCAAUCACUACCAAACCAAGGACGUACCCCGCGGCUGCCCCGCCGCAAUCGGAAAAGCUGGCGCCCUCCACGCAGCAACGUUUAAGCCUGAUCUCCAGACACCUGGAUCAGCGCUUGCCGUUGCCGAACUUGAAUACUCCUUUCUCGACCGAAAGAAGCUCCCUACCCCCGGACGACACCGAAUAUAAACCCCUCGAUCGCACCAUCCCAGAUUCCCCCUCUACUCCCUCUAAACCCACCAUGUCUGCUCAAGCCCCUCACAACACUCUGCUCAUCCCGGGCCCCAUCGAAUUCGACGAUGCUGUGCUGCAGUCGAUGGCCCACUAUGCUGAGAGCCAUGUGGCUCCCGGCUUCGUCAAGGUCUUCGGCGAGACCUUGACUAUGACGCGCAAGCUGUUCCAGUCCACCGAUCCCUCCGCACAGCCCUUCAUCAUCUCAGGAAGUGGUACCCUCGGCUGGGAUCUUGUCUCUGCCAACCUGAUCGAGCGUGGUGACAAUGCCCUGGUCCUGAACACUGGCUACUUCGGUGACUCCUUCGAGCAAUGUCUGCAAACAUACGGUGCCCAGGUCACCCAGCUCCGUGCCCCCAUCGGCGAGCGGCCCUCGCUGGAACAGGUUGAGCAGGCCUUGAAGGAGAAGCCCUACAAGCUCAUCACCCUCACCCACGUUGACACCUCCACCGGUGUCCUGAGUGACGUCAAGGGUGUCGCUCAGCUCGUCCGCCGGGUGAGCCCAGAGACCUUGGUGAUCGUGGAUGGUGUGUGCAGCGUGGGUUCGGAGGAGAUCGCAUUCGACGAGUGGGACCUCGAUGCUGUCGUCACUGCUAGCCAGAAGGCUAUCGGUUGCCCCCCUGGUCUUAGCAUCGUCAUGACAUCCGGCCGCGCCAUUCAGCGUGCCACCACCCGUCAGACCCCUCCCGGAUCUUACUACGCUUCUAUUGCCAACUGGCUGCCUAUUAUGCGGAACUAUGAGAACAACAAGCCCUCGUACUUCGCUACCCCUCCCACUCAGCUUGUCCACGCCCUGCACACUACCCUGAGCCAGAUCACAGCCCGCCCUAUGGCUGAGCGCUUUGCUAUUCACACUAAGGUGUCUGACAGCGUCAAGGCUGCUGUCGCUCAGCUGGGUUUGAAACAGCUGGCUCCUAACCCAGAUGCUCAGGCUCACGGUAUGACUGCCAUGUACCUGCCGGAAGGUCUGACUCCUCCUGAUGUCCUACCCGGUCUGCUGAAGCGUGGUGUCAUCUUCGCAGCUGGUCUGCACAAGGAGAUUGCUACCCGUUACAUUCGCUUCGGUCACAUGGGUGUCAGUGUUACUGAUGCCAACCGCGGCGACAUUGACAAGGCCCUGACAGCGCUCAAGGAGGCUCUUGCCGAGGCCAAGCAGGCCAAGGGACUGUAA